AUGGCUGAGUGUAACGUUAGCAUCGACCAGGACAAACUACCUGGAGUGAAAGAGGUGUGCCGAGACUUUGCUGUACUGGAAGAUCACUGCCUUGCCUACAACCUUCAGGAACAAGAGAUUGAGAGCCACUUGGCGUCCAAUGUCCACAAGAGCCGGCUGGUGCAGCAGGACCUGCAGGUGGCCAAAAAGCUGCAGGAGGAAGAGGAUGAGAUCGCCAAAGUCGUGAUCAAGAAGCAGCAUGUUGCCAUAGCACGCCAAGAUAACGAGAUCGCCCAUGAGAUUCAGGACGAACUGGUCCGACAGGCUGAGCAACAACGACGACAACAAGAGGAGAAAGAUGCGGCUAUGGCUCGUAAACUGCAUGAGAAGGAAAUGAAAGAUGAAAGACGGCGACAGAAACAACUAGAUGAGGAGUACUAUGAAGAUACCGUAGCAGUCAUUGAUCCGGAGUAUGGACUUGGCGAGGCAACUAGAGACAUGACCAAGCUGGAUUUGCGUGAGCAGGAGCUCAAGGACAUGGAGGUAGCCAGAAGAAUGCAGGAGGAGGAAGUCAAGGCAAGCAAGAGCCAUGUGCGUGCAGCCCAAGUUGCCCAGGAUGAGGAGAUGGCCCGGCAGCUGAUGGAACAAGAAAAGAAGGAGUACAGAAAACAUCGAGAAAGGGAGAAAGAGCGGGAACGGGAACGAGAGGAAAAGGAACGACAAAGGGAGAAAGAGCGUGCCAUGGAAAAGCGGCGACCCGAGGCAGAAUACAGGCCAAAUUCCGAAGAUGUUGUCAGGCCUCGAACCCGUGAGGAACAUGAUCACCAGAGGCACAGGAACCACUACAAGCCUUCUAGGCCACCUCAUCCUCGUACACACGACUAUGAGAACGUGAACCCCAGUUACGGUUACGUCGAACACCCUCACCAACGGGCGCCUUCCAGACCUGAGGCCGCGUACAAAGAUGAAGGAAAGUACUUCCCACCAGAUGGUACCAUUGGAGACCACUUGUGCGUCACCAACAGCAUAAAUAGAGGCUGCAGCACACUGCCCACCCUACUCUCCAAAUAA